GGAGUUCCAGGAACAGAGGACUCAGGAAGUAGCGCUGCUGAACUUGAGAGAAAUCUCUCCUGGAUAUGGAGACCAGGACGUUCCAGCUUCACCCUUCGCUGGGGCUCAGAGUUCACUGAAUCAUCUGGACUUCAGGAGCUGGUGAGCUACGGAGUUUGGUGGGAGUUUGCCAAAAGAAAGCAGUAGAAGAAGGGACCACUUCAAGCAAAAAGCGGUUGUAAAAUGGCACACGCCUUUCUGUGUGAGGAAGCACAAGCACCAGAACGACCAGAGAAGAAGAUGGGAGGGUCCAGACCCAGAGACGAGGACGAUGACAGUGCUGAGGUGAUCUUUGUUGGAGUGGAGCAUGUCAAUGAAGAUGCUGAAACCCUCUUUGUCAGAGUGAUUUCAAAUUCAAAGCCGGUCAUUUCUAACAUUUUGAACAGAGUGACCAGGGACUCAUCCUCAACAAGAAAGAAGGGUCACGUGAGUCAAGAUACGACUUACACAUUGCAGCCUUCAAAUUGCAGGACCCCGAUGUCAAAGGCAGCAGCCAUUUCACCGGCUUUUCAAUCUGAAUGGGGAGACGCAGAUAGUCCUAUUAUUUUUGAGCCUUCAUCUAAACCUGAUUAUAAAAUGAGCUCUCUGCAAGUCGUGCUUCACAAUUCCUCAGAGUUGCUCUCUCCAUGGUCUCAUUGUCUACCUGGAGCUGCAUUCUCGGUAGGAGGCAAGGAUAAAAGUCCUCGUGAUUCAAAGCGACGUCCCACUUCAGAUAUGGAUAUAUACGGUGGGAAUCCCAAAAGACCUAAAGUCAGCCAUGGAAUCCCAGGGGGACAGGCCUUAGCUGUGGCCUCUCCAGGUAUCCUUCCUACAAAGAACAUGAGUAUGACCCCGGAAGGUGUCCCGACCUCGUCAAGCCAUGUUCACAAUGGGGCAUCAUUUCCAUGGGCUCAUGCAUAUAACCAGGCACGUUACCAUGUUAUGGAUCCAGAUGGAGCACGUAGCUUGGAAAGGCUGGCAAAAACAGACUAUUCGAGUCUAGCAACUCAAAACAAGACUGUUGAUCCCAAGAAAGGAAAUCUGAUCAUGUUACUUGAUGAUUUUUACUACGGACGGCAUCCAGGAGACAGGCAGCCAGAAUGGAAGACCCACACAGCCUUCAAAUGCCUCAGCUGCUUGAAAGUCCUCAAAAAUAUCAAGUUUAUGACCCACGUGAAGAACCAUUUGGAAUUUGAGAAGCAGAGGGAUGACGGCUGGGAAAUCCACACCACCUGCCGGCACUGCCACCGCCAGUUUCCCACCCCCUUCCAGCUUCAGUGUCACAUUGAAAGUGUCCACACUUCCCAGGAGCCCUCUGUGGUCUGUAAAAUCUGUGAAUUGUCCUUCGAAACAGAUCAGGUUCUCUUACAGCACAUGAAGGUCAAUCAUAAACCUGGCGAAAUGCCCUAUGUGUGCCAGGUUUGCAAUUACAGAUCGUCAGCCUUUGCUGAUGUGGAAGCACAUUUCAGAACAUGGCAUGAAAACACAAACAGUUUGCUUUGUCUGUUUUGCCUCAAAAUUUUCAAAGUGACGACAUCCUACGUAAAUCAUGCUUGGAGGCACUGGAACAAGAGGGUCUUUCAAUGUUCCAAGUGCCGGCUACAGUUUUUGACUUUGAAGGAGAAAAUGGAGCACCAAACCAAGAAUCAUCAACCAUUUAAAAAACCAGAGCAACUGGAAGGGCUGCCUCCUGAAACAGAGGUCAAGAUCCAAACUUCAGUUCAACCAGGACCAAGAGAGGCAGCAUCCAUGAUUGUGACCAGCACUGAAUCCCGAGUGUCACCUGAAAAAACUACCAAGAGGAUGGCUAUGAACACGAGAUAUUCCAGACGUAUUGCAGCAGGGGUUCUGGCUAAAAAUUAUUACCCACCUCCAGAAAUCCCAAAAAGCUGAAUUGAGGCUAGGCCAGCUGUACGUAGUGGCUCGUAGAUGCCAGCAAGCAGUGUCAGCGCCUGUCUGGCUUUACAGUGACUGAGGUUGUACCUGCUUCAUCUCUCCACUGUCAAGUAACUCCGAAGUCUCCAUGCUCCUUCCCAGCCACCCUCUCCUUCCCAAAGUAACCACUUGUCUGACUUCAACCACCAGGGAUUAGUUUUCCUGUUUCUAAAUUUUAAGUAAAUAGAAUCACACAAUAGAUUCUUUUUGGUCUGGUCUUUGUUUUCUUUUAAAUAAGUGAGAUACAUUCUUGGUGUGUGUCGCUGUGGCACAUUCUUUUUCAUUGCCGAGUAGAAUUCCCUUGAAUGAAUAUGGCAGAGUUUAUGUAUCCAUUUUAUUGUUCCUGAACUUUGAGGCUCAUAAUUUUGCUAUUUUGCAUAAAGCUGCUAUGAGCGUG